CCAAAAAGAGGAUACCCGAGGGAUGCCAGCUCGACGAUGGUGCUCGGACCGUAGACCGCAAGAGAUUCAAAAGCGACGCUUCAGAAUCGCGAGGCUUCCGCUGUGCAUGCAUGCGAGCCGGGCGAAACCUCCACGCUGUGCGCUGGCGAGAGCUCGACGAUCAACAAGUCGGAGAAGCGUAUGGAAGGAAUCAGUGACGCUGGAUUCUCAGGCGUGCAGCAGAAUGUUGAUCUGCACGAGCCAAUAGAGCACAGAGAUGAUCCCUACCGAUCUCUGAUGGUCGACAAGCGCGGUGGUCAUUCCGAAGUGCUGCGAUUGAUAGAGAUUGGCACAAGCUCAGAUGGCACAGCAGACGAAGCUGAUCCCUCGGCUGCGCUCAUUACAGUCGAUCUGGAGGAACGAGACCCUGAAGCUUCUGUUCGAUCUGAAAUGAAGGCUUCAUCCACCGCGGUCGCUUUCGAAUCGGAGGAUGAAGCGGACCGCUCGGAGUUGAGCCCAUUCCGUCGCCCGACGAGACUCUGGAAGAAGGUAUGCGAAAGUCGAGUGGAGAUGAUAAUCAACCUUUAUGGUAUCCAUGCCGUACGCUCUGCGGUGGAGAAAGAGGCGAUCGAUUAUUGGUCUGCGCAGGAUGCGCGGGCAGAAUCGUCUACUCCCUCAGACUCCGAGGCAUCUUCUGCAUCGCCCCAUCCCACGUCUGCGUAUCGCUACAGAGACACUGCAGACUCUUUCGAAGAGCCCGACUCUGAACCGGCGCUCACGCAUUCGCCAUCCGCCAGUAUUCACGACGACGACGACUCCUUUAUGGAAUGGGAGCCGUCCGAACACUCCGACGACGAAGAUGCGGGCUUGAUUCCAGACGUGGACGCAGACCCAGACAGCGACGAUUUCGAUAAUCGUCCUGUCCUCAGGCGCAGCCGUGCACCCAGUCCGGAGUUUGCCCCUUUCCCGACGGAGGCACCUAGUGUCGUGGUUGUGGAGGAGAAUCUGCCGCGAUUGUCGAGCAUACCUGUGCGCCUUACGAAGGAGAAGGUGUUGGUGCUUCGCGGAACCCCUGCGUGCGUCGCGCCGUGGGCGCGGGGUUCGCUCACGCCUGCUCGCGUGUCGUCCUAGUUUGUAUUUCUAGUCGCAAAGAGAUGUAUGCACGCAUCUGCUCUCUAUGCAUGCUUUAUUCUUAUCCACGCUGUGUAGUUUUAUUCGAAUGCGCGAUAGUACUUCGAGUUUCAACAU